AUGGUUCCACAGACCCCUGGAACAACAGUGCCGCUCUCGUUCGACGAAGCACUCAAAGCUAUCCGUGAAAAGAUGGCAACAGCCAGAAAAAAAAAGGGAGGAAUCGAUCCGCAUGCACAGCUGGCCAUCGUCAAGGGUAUCAUUCACUUGGCAGCGAUGGCUGCAGAAUGUACUGGCGCCCUUGUAGCAAUGCCCAUUGAUGAUGAUGAAGAUCAUGACCAAAAUUCUGAUGUCCAAGAACCGUGUGGCGCCCAGGUUGACACCCAACCUAACGUUCGAAAUAGCGCCAUCAACUUUGGAAACUCGGAGGGCGAAGGGCGCCCUGUAUCGACGCCUCCAGGUAGUGACUUGUUGCGAAUAGACCUGACAGCUUCUGCUGAGGUACUCAGGGCUGAAGGCAUGCACAUGCUCAAACGGCUGGCAUCAAGUGGAAAUGGCAGGCAUCCGCUUCCAGAGGCCCAAUGCUUCUUGGCGCAGCUGCUAAGAGGCCAUGGCGACCAGCGCCUGUGCAUCAAGACAAACAUGGACCGUGCCUUUUCUCUUUCGCUGCAGGCAUCUAAACAUGGGCUUUCUGAAGCCAUCUUUUGGACUGCACUCUCUUACGAGCGGGGCAUGGGUGUUCGGAAAGACGCCGCCCGUGCAGUCACCUUUUAUCGCAAGGCAGCCACACUUGGCCAUGGGCGGGCCAUGCACCGCCUCGCCAUUAUUUUACAGCAUGGACAGCUUGGAAUGGCUCAGGCGCCAAAGGAAGCCUUCACGUGGCUCAAGAGGGCAGCCUCAAUAGGAUCUAUUCCGGGAGCCAUCCACGACCUGGCGCUAAUGUUUGAGCACGGAAAUGGCAACAGCAUCGCUAUCCCCGACGAUUCCUAUGCUCUCGAGCUAUUUAAAAAGGCCUCUGCAAUGCGAUAUGCGCCCUCAAUGGUAAAGCUGGGAACAUGUUUUGAAUACGGACGCCUUGGAUGUCCGCUUGAUCCUAGGAAGUCUAUUGAAUGGUAUCGCAAAGCGGCCGAGCUGGGAGAUCCCGCUGCUGAACUGGCGCUCUCAGGCUGGUACCUUACAGGCGCUAAAGAAGCCAGUGGCAGUGACGUCGAGGGAGAUGGGGUGAUCCUGCCGCAGUCGGACAAAGACGCCUAUGCUUGGGCAAAACGUGCUGCUGAGCGUCGGGAUCCCAGGGCCGAAUAUGCCCUCGGUCGGUACUGUGAGCUGGGCGUUGGUCUUGAUGCACCAGCUCUACAAGAGGCGCUACAUUGGUACAGUCGAGCGGCGCUGCAGGGCCACCGUAAGGCGAAAAGACGGAGAGCCGAGCUCAAAAAGAGCAUCCGGUUCUCCUCCUCCGAGACUUUUUCUACGUCUUCAAGCUCUAUCCGUUUUGUCAAAUCGUUGCUAUCUGGCGGGCGUUGGGGUUCGUGA